AUGCAAAAAAAGCCAAGAAAGAAUUUACUUAUUCAAAGAUUAAAUUAUAUUAGAGAUAAGCAAAACGAUAUUUAUUAGAAGAUAUUAAAUGAUGAAAUGAAAGUAGAUAUUUAAGAAACUUUGAAAAUGAGUAUUAAAGAUGAGAAUAAUCAACUCAAACCAUUCAGAAGAGAUUAGUUAUAAAUUAUGAAAAAAUCUUAAAAUAAACCAGAAUUAGUAAUUGAAUAAAUUAAUACUGUAUUUUAAAUUAAAAUUCUUAGCAUCUUAAAUAAUUGUAUACUAGGGAAUGUUAUUGUUUAGAAAUCAAAAAAAGAGUCAAAAAAUUAAUAAAAACAGGAGAUUUUUGUGAUCUAAAUAUUAAUUGGUAUAAUAUGUAUUAUAUUAAGGGUUUUAUUAGAACUAUCCGGAGCUAGAGUAAUUAAAUUGUAAAAUAGGGGAGUAUUUUUAAAAUUGCUUGAAUAAAAAGAUAAAUAUCCUCCUGAAUUAUUUGAACCUAUUUAUUUAGUAAAUACUCUUAUUAAUGAUUAUAGGAUUCUGUUAGAACUUUAAAUCAUCUUGAUUCAAUAAAGAAAAAAUAAAUAGAAAAAUAAAUUGAAACAGUCUUAAUUGCUUAUUCAAUUAGAAACCCUGAAAUUGGAUAUUGUUAAGGAUAAAACUUUAUUGUCAAUUAUUUAAUUAAUACUCUUAAAUUUGAUUUAGAAGAUGCUUUUUGGACAUUUACUUAGAUAUUAGAAACUAUAAUGCCUAUUGAUUAUUAUACUAAUAUUUUGAGUGCAUUAACUGAUUAAUAGAUAUUGGAUUAUUACAUUUAAGAAUAUAUUCCAGAAUUAAAAACACAUUUUCAUAAAAUAAACCUUUAAUCUGAUUUUUUUACAGUUUAAUGGUACUUAUGUAUAUUUACAAAUCAAGUCAAACCAUAAGUAUAAUGUUAUACCAACUUAGUUAACCAAUUUCAUUAUGUUAAUGUUAUUUAUAGAUGGAAUUAAAUCUUUGACUAUUAGUGCACUAAUAUUAUUGAUUUUAUUGAAAAAUGAACUAUUAAAAUUUGAUUAAUUUAGUAAAUUAUAUAGAUUUAUAUUUUAUUAGCUGAUGCAAUUAAUUAUAUAUAGUAAUAUAUAGAUAUAUAUUGUGAUGUUGAAAUAUUUAAAUAUCACUAUUUCCAAAUCAAAAUUAAAAAAGAAGCCUUUAAUUUUGCUAGAGAAGAAAUUAGAGCUUAAUUAAUUUGUAAUCUUUUAAGUUAUUUAUUAAGAAAAGCAUUAAAAUGCUAUUACAGAAAAAUAAUAAAUAGAAAUUGAAAAAAUACCUCCUUGUCCAAAAGAUUAAUAAGUUUGCAAUUAAGUGUUGUUGUCUAAUUAAUUUUUGAGAAAAUCCUCUUCUUUUUAUGUUUAUAAACACAAAGAUCCUCCUGUGAUGAUAAGAAAUUAUUGGGAUGGCAACAUCUUUCCAGAAAUUUAGAAAUCUCAUGAACUUGUUAUUUUAAGAUAAGAACAUAUAUGUAUAAGAAAAAGUUCAUUAUGA